AUUGUUUGUAGCGUCUAACCACAUACAAAAUGGGAGGGGUAGCUACACGGGUGUCUAUCUAAUAACGUUACCAAGCUUUCUACCCAGAUCAAAAAUGUUUGUCAAUGGUGAGUCUUCAUUGAAAGUGCUGGUUACAAAACCUAAAUGUACAGUGAAGUCUGGGGAACUGGCCUUCGAGCUGAGAUCCUCAACGUGUGAAACAGAGCCACUGCAUUUCUUCCCAGUUUUGUUUUUGAAAAGGAGGAGACGAGCAUCCAGCAACGCAACCUGGUAUCAACGUUUCAUAUUAUUCUGUACUUAAUUCCGAAGCUUUCCAUUUAGUAUUUGUUACUUUUCAUAUGGUAUUUAUUAAUUUGUGGAUGUCCAUCAUCCAUUUUGUGUAUGUUACUAAUUACAAUUUGUGUGAUGUUAUAAAUUUGCUAAAUGUACAAUAUGUUAUGAAUUUGCAAAACGUUACGAAUUCCAAUUUGUUUUGGAUAAAGUUAGCUAGGUGGCUAACGCUAAUUUGAUCUAGCUGGCUAACGUUAGCUAGGAUAGGUGUUAGGGUUAAGAGUUAAGGUUAGGGGAGGGGUUAGCUAAGUAGUUGCAAAGUAGUAAGUCGUUGAAAAGUUGCUACACGCUACCUUUGUACUAGACGUUUCCAUUAUACACCCAUCCAUCCACCCUGACCAACCACCCUCCUUUCAUUUUUGCCUUAAAGUAACCUUCUGUCUUAUGUAACCAUACCAAACGUAACAGAUCAUACUUAUUUGAACAUCCAGGACGUACUUUUACUAUGUUACGUCUAGUCUGAGACCAGGCUGAGCAAAGUAAUACAACAGUAGUUACAUACACUGCUGUUCUAUCACGCAUGCAAUGAUGUCUGAGGGAAUAAAGCAUUGUUUGUUGUUUGAAGUGACAUCUUUGUUGUUGUAAUAUUCCAAACAGAUGUGGCAGUUUUACCAAAACGCAUUCCAACUUUAACAGAUCUACAUGUGCAACUGUUUCUCAUUCCCUCCAGAGUCCGACUGCCAGCAGCAGGCUGAAGCUACUAUCACUUUGGUGCAGGUUGCCCCUGAGCAGCAGCAGUCAUGUACUCAAGAGUGGGGCCUCCGUCUAAGACAGGAGGACCCAGAGCCCACAGUGUAAAGAGGAAGAGGAUACCCACUGGAUCAGUGAGGUUGAAGAACACAUUCAAAAGCUGGAGUCUGAUUCCAAAGAAUAUCCAGACCAAGUAUCCACUUCUGAAGAUUUCACAUUCCAAAUGGAGACAGAAGGGUCGGUAAAUGAAGCCAUCAAACUGAAAGUCAUCCUCAACGACAACAGAAUAGAGAAAGUGAUUCUGCCCUCUCAACCUGACUCACUGAAUGAGCUGAUAUCAACGCUCAAGGAGAAACUGCAUCUGAAGUUUGAUUUCAGUCUUCUUUAUGAAGACCCUGAUUUCAACAACGAGCUCCUCAACUUAGAGACCGUUGAAGACUUGCCUUCUCCUAGGGCUACGGGGAAGGUUUUGCGAAUAUGACGUGAUACAGACCUCGGUUUAACCGGAGUCUCAGCCACCGAGUUACAGGACGCCCAGCAGUUUUUGUCAUAGCCACUUUCUCGAUGGAAGUUGAGUUUGCUCUGAGAGAGAGCAAUUGUGCAUAUCUGAGACGUGAAACGGUGCUGAAAAUAACAAGGGAUCAAAAACACAACAUUCUUCAUAGGAUGGCUUGGACAAUCUUCAAUUCCAAAGCGUACCCAAGUGACAGAGAAACAGAGGCCGGAGAUGGUCCAUGAGAUGAUGAAAGAAAACCGAGACCUGCCACUCAUCAAUCAACACAUGCAGAAGACAUUUGCUCUCCGACACCAAGAAAUAGUUCAAUCCAGUCCUACGGUAGAGCAUCUCAGAACACGCUGGCCAGCACUCUUCCUCGAAGCCCAGGUACAUGCUGAGUUUCAGAGAAUCACCAAUCAGAGCCUGCAGCAGACGUUCUACUCUGCCUUGGACCACCACACGCCCCGCCUGCUGACCCUGUUCAGGGAGAAGGAGGGGAAGUCCACUGAGAGUGUACAACGAGCAGUGGGAGAACUCAGCAACCCUGGUAUUCUGGAUGGAGUUUCCAUUCUCUCAGUGGUGGGCCAGCACAAUGAGGUGGUGGGUGGUAUACCCAUCAGACCGGCCCAUGUAUCCAUUGUCCUUGAGGAUAAGAUCGUCAUGACUAACUCCCGCUCCUGGCCAGACGCUCUCGUGGUUGUUUUUGGGUUACUCUACUCCCUCCAUCUGAACUUCCCCAUAGUCCUGGGCAGCACCUCUGAGUUCAUGCAGAAAGUCUUCCUGAACCUCGACGAUGGAAAACUGAAGCCCAAGCGGCUAGCGCUGAAAAAUGAACUGUUGGCCUAAUUCUGUAGUGAUGAGAUGGAUUUUUACUUUGAGUGACCUCCUAUAUGCGGAGUGAGUGGUUUGAAAACAAUGGUUAUUUUUGUUUGUUUUUUGUGCAGGUAAUGGAUUUGAUAUUGUAUUUCAAUUAACUUAUAACCCUUUUAUGUGAAAGGAAGACACAGGUCAGUCAACACAUUAACUUGCCACAUACAGUCGAUCUGCGACCCAGUUCUCUACCUUUGUUAUACAGCUGCAGAAAACCCCCAAAUGUUUUCUAGAACAUUUCACCUUUGCAGACAUUCCGACUGGCACAAAAUACAUGUUGAUAAAAUGUUUAUUAAAGUGUCUUUACCUGC